AUGCCCUGGACCAUAUUGCCUGCACUGCUGGUACUAUGGGGUGUUUGUUGGAUGUUCAUCCUCGGCCCUGGUGAUCUUGAGCCUGAAAAGUUCAAAGCGCCUGUUCCGACGUUCUCACCAGCUCCAGCUGCCUAUGACUUUUUUGACAACUCGGGCCAAGCGUACUACAAUUGCUUUGAGCACCCUUCUAUCGACAGCCUCCCGUUCGACAACGAUGGCGCCGGUGUUGAUCCCAUAUACUUGGUUCAAGCUGCUCCUCAAGAUCCAGUCUUUUUGUCUUUUGACGUGUUACCGAGGAACAGUGCAGGGAUUACGGAAACGUCGUCGAAAGAAGAGCUCACUGAAGCGCUGCCAGCUGCUGUCACUCCAGAUUCAAUACUACAGUCCUACGGAGCCACGAGCAGCCAAGAGCCAUUCAAUGCAAUGGUUAAUGUUGCAUCGGUUGAUCAGGGAGUUCAAAAUGCUGGUGGCCAGAAGAGCACAUCUUCCUUUGUAUGUCCGAAAUGCCAGCAGACAUUUGCAACAUCCUUCACUCUCAACCGACAUCAGAAAGAAGCGCACAAGGAUGCAGCAUCCAGCCCUGAACAGUCGUUUCCAUGCCCGAACAGAGGCUGUAAGAGGUCAGAGGGAGGGACUCCCUUCCCACGUCUUUAUAAUCUGAGAAGACAUCUUCGGAUUUGCAACCACGAUCCGAAGGCUUCGACCUCAUCGGCCGAGUCGGACGGCACAGAAGAGCAGCCAGUGUCUCAUCCAGUUUCAACACCAGCCUUACCUGCUGAGCUACAGCCUGCUGAGCCACUAUCAGAGUGUUCAUCAGGAGAGAGCAGCACUAGAAAAAGGUCGAGGUCUGAAAAUGAUGGGGAGGAAACCGGUGAUGACUGGAGUGAGGAAUCAUUGCUGAGAGAGAUGAAAAAGAAGCUCAAGCGAAUGGCUCAAGAGGUCAAAGAGAAGGAAGAUGCAUAUCUCCGGGCUCGGGAGGGGCUGGAAUCCUUUCAAAAGACCAUCCAAGUCAUGGAAGACUCGCUCCGAAAGUCCUAG